AAAUCGCAGCGGGCGGAAGCGACGCGAGCCAAACGGGCGCCUAUAUAACGCCCUUCCGACAUACGUAACCAUGUAUAUUUUUGUACAAUAAUGUCGUCUCCCGAGGAGUACGACGGCGAUGUUUCUUACGAGGCGUGGCGGCGCGCACAGGUCCUUAUUGUACUUUACAACGUCCCAUCUCCACGCGACGUUUGACAUAAGCCCCGACGAAUCUAUUUGCCGCAGCGCAAAAUGGCGGAAUCGGAUUCGCGGGCGAGACGCAGGUAGAGAGCUGGUUUCCUCGAAACGGACGAGACGUUCGAACGGAUGGAAACCACCCCGCAGCCGCUGCCUCGUCCCGAAGAUUAAAUUCGCGACUACCGACGAGAGACUGCAGGCGUCGAUCUUUCGUGCGACGAAGACGUCGCGUCGUCGGGGCGAGAAGGCCGGGUCCGGGAAUCGUAACUCGCGACGUCCCCGCGCAUUUGCAGGUAUCACCAAAUGAUAGUUGAUUAUGAGAUUCAGUCACAAGAUUUAUUCGAAACGACGAAAAAAUGGCGUGAAAUAUGGCUCGAUUAUCUUACCUGGGUAUCCAAAAAAAUACGGAAUUGCGAGCUUUUUACGGCUGACAGAAUAAUGUGAGUUUACGAGUAAGGGACGUCGUCGUUUACUCCUCGCCGUCGUUCGUCCUUUUGUGAAAAAUUGGAUCGCAAUAACGGAGCUUUAUUAAAAUAAAUUACAAAUCAAGUUGAUUAUCAAGAUUGUCAAGUCAAUAAACCCCAAGGUGGAACAAAUUCCUAGGGGGCUUUAAUUUUUUCUCAUUCGCAAAACAUCGAUCCUUUUUGGUGUUACAAAUCAUACGAUGUACUUGACAAUAAACGCACGUUUCACUCUC